CGAAAUGUGGCAACGCCUGUGCCGCGACAUUGGCGUCCCAGAGCAACCAUCCAUCGCGAAGAGCAAGAAGGUACCGUUUUGCUUAUCAUUAAGACCUGCAAUGCAACCCACUGAUACGUAUGUCAAUGUCGCUCAGGCCCUCAAGGGCAUCUACAUCAACAUCACGGACUUCGUCGAAGCGUGCGAGGCGGGCGAGCCGGUGCGGGUGUUUCAUUCGUAUCGGGCGCUGCUGAACGACCUGCUGCGCGACCGAGAAAGGAUCUUUCCGAAGGACAAGGCGAAGGGCAAUCCGAUUUUGACGUGGAUGCUUGUGAAGGUGUUUUGAUGGAAACUCAACACUCACACAAACGGAAAGGUGGUAUCAUGGCCGGCUGCACUUCAAUCUGGUGAAGGGAGAAACAAAAUACUCUAUACAACGACAGAAAAGAUAAGAACGACCGUGCAAGUGGUAUUCCCGCUUCAACACACAUGCCAUUCUUCUUACACAAUCCCAUCACAAGCGCCAGUAAUGCAAAUGCAAUCCGCCGCUAGUGGGAUCCAGUCCAGUCCAAAUUGUACAACUACCAC